GACCACACCACAGCUCAAAUCCCACGCAGGCGAAGCACCCACUCAAACCCUAGCCUCCUCCCCACUCCAUCUCCGAUGGCCCGCACGAAGCAGACGGCGCGCAAGUCCACCGGCGGCAAGGCGCCGAGGAAGCAGCUGGCGACCAAGGCGGCGCGCAAGUCGGCCCCGGCCACCGGCGGCGUGAAGAAGCCCCACCGCUUCCGCCCGGGCACCGUGGCGCUCCGGGAGAUCCGCAAGUACCAGAAGAGCACGGAGCUGCUUAUCCGCAAGCUCCCCUUCCAGCGCCUGGUGAGGGAGAUAGCGCAGGACUUCAAGACCGACCUCAGGUUCCAGUCCUCCGCCGUCUCCGCCCUGCAGGAGGCCGCCGAGGCGUAUCUGGUGGGGCUCUUCGAGGACACCAACCUGUGCGCCAUCCACGCCAAGCGCGUCACCAUCAUGCCCAAGGACAUCCAGCUCGCCCGCCGCAUCCGUGGGGAGCGCGCCUAGGUUUGGCCGUAGCAGUUCGUGUCUUGCGAUCUGGUUGUACUAAGGAAAUGUGCUGGGUUUCUCUGUAGUGUUGAUAAGCUUUCCAGAUGUUCUGACGCUGAAAUGAAAUGGUAAUGAAAAGUUCAGUUAUCUUUUGA